GGAAGCCCGCGGAGCAGCGGGACGGAUCGCACGGCAGCGGCGAUUGCGGGGCGGGGUCGGCGGCGGCCGCACACAGGCAGCGAUGUUUGGCAUGAUCCGAAAUUCCCUGUUUGGCUCGGCGGAGCUUUGGCCCUGCCAAGUCCUGAGCAAGGGGGAGAAGGAUGAGGUGGCCUAUGAAGAAAGGACAUACGAAGGUGGGAAGUUUGCCACUGUCGAGCUCACUGGAAAGCCAUUUGAUGAGGCCUUACGUGAAGCAGUGCUGAAACUCCUCAAAUACGUGGGGGGAAGCAAUGACCAGGGAGCUGGGAUGGGGAUGAUGGCUCCAGUGUGCACCACAGUAUUCCCUGCAGAGGAUGGGUCGUUGCAGCAUAAGGUGAAAGUCUUGCUCCGGAUCCCAAGCCAGUUCCAGGCCAAUCCUCCUUCACCCACUGAUGAGAGCAUCCGGAUUGAAGAGAGAGAAGAGAUGGCGGUUUAUUCCACGCAAUUUGGUGGCUACGCCAAAGAAGUGGAUUAUGUGCAAUAUGCAGCCAAGCUGACUUCUGCCAUAGGAAACGAGAAAAUCUACCACAAGGACUUUUAUUUUUGCAAUGGCUAUGAUCCUCCGAUGAAACCUUAUGGGCGACGCAAUGAGGUGUGGCUGUUGAAAAAGUGAGCAAUCGAAAAAGAAAGAAGUAACAAGACUACUAGACAAGGGCGAGAGGAAAGAGGAGAAAUAGCCAUGCAUUAUCUAGAAAGCUGAGGGUUUUAACGAGGCUCACCCAGCAUUUUUGAACAUUUAACAACAACAAAAAAAAACUUCUUAAUUAAAAUGCUUUUCAUUUAAAAAGUUUUAAUAAAAAUGCUUUUGAUUAAAAAAAUACUAUUCCUACUAAGGAUGAUAUAUUCUGUGCUUGCCAUUUCUUUCGUCAGCUGUGAGUUAAACUUAUUGGAUACUUUUCUGUCCAAAACAGAGAAGCCAAAAGUAAAAUACCUUUCAAUAAAGAUAACUAUAUUUAAAGCAU